AUGCUCAUCAAGUUCCACAUGAACUUUCCACAAGAGCUCCAGCAGCAGAUCAUCCGCGAGACUUUCCACCUGGUGCUCAAGCGGGAUGACCACAUCUGCAACUUCCUGGAGUGCGGCAGCCUCUUCGGUGGCUCUGACUACAAGCUGAUCUAUCGCCACUACGCCACGCUGUACUUUGUCUUCUGCGUGGACUCCUCGGAGAGCGAGCUGGGCAUCCUGGACCUCAUCCAGGUGUUUGUGGAGACGCUGGACAAGUGCUUCGAGAAUGUGUGUGAGCUGGACCUCAUCUUCCACAUGGACAAGGUUCACCACAUCUUGCAGGAGGUGGUGAUAGGUGGCAUGGUGCUGGAGACCAACAUGAAUGAGAUUGUGGCGCAGGUGGAGGCCCAGAGCAAGCUGGAGAAGGCAGAGGGAGGCCUCUCUGCUGCUCCCUCCCGCGCUGUGUCAGCUGUGAAGAACAUCAACCUGCCAGAGAUCCCUCGCAACAUCAACAUUGGAGACAUCAACAUCAAAGUGCCCAACCUGUCACAGUUCAUGUGAGCCUGGGGGGAGGCUGGGGAGCGGAGCUGGG